AGAACUUUGGAGGGUGUAAAACUGUUUAAUGUGUACGGCUGAUCGUUUAUGAGCAUAACUUAUGGCAUAUGCAGCCAUACUGCAGCAUAAGUUUGAUCACUUGGACACAAAUGGCAACAGGAAGUUAUCCGUCAAGGAGAUUGUCGAUUUUUUGAAGGCCUUCGGAUUUAAGGAAUCACAAGCAAGAGACUUCAUGAAAGAAUUCGAUACCAACAAUGACGGGGUGAUUUCGAGAGAGGAAUUCUCCAAGGCUUGUAGAAACAUUAAGGCCAGUCACCUGGAUGAGGCGAAGAUGCGCCGUCUGUUCAAACUGAUGGACGUGGACAAAUCCGGAAAAGUCGAUAUCGCCGAGUUGAAGGCCUACCUCGUAAAGCAAAGAGCGGACGUUUACACAGAGGAAGUGAAAGAGUGGAUUGUGCAACACGACAAAGACAAGGAUGGAAAACUGAACUACGAAGAAUUCAUAGACUUUGUUCGGAGCCACUUGUAGAGUAACCAGUACGCCAUGACUAUCUCCAGCGCCAGGUUUACAUAUAUACUGACGACACCCAUUCCAAUGGAUUUGUUGCCAUAUCCUCCAUAUGACCUGUAAUACGUACAAUCAUCCCGUUUUUCACAAUUUGUAUUCCAUAGUCCUGUCAAAGUCAAUAAUUUAUCACAGAGGGAAAA